UCCACUUCUCUCACCUCCUUCUCCUCAGGAAUCCUCAGGUGCACCUGUGACCCCGAGCCAUGUCCUGCUGCAAGCCCUGCGACCCUUGCUGCCAGCCCUGUGGCCCCUGCUCGCUGGGCAGCAGCUGCAAUGAGUGCUGUGUCAGGCAGUGCCAGAGCUCCCAUGUCAUCAUUGAGCCGCCUGCUGUGCUGGUGACCCUGCCCGGCCCCAUCCUCAGCUCCUUCCCACAGAACACCGCCGUGGGAUCCUCCACCUCCGCUGCCGUUGGCAGCAUCCUCAGCUCUCAGGGAGUGCCCAUCAGCUCUGGGGGCUUUGACAUCUCCAGCAUCACCAACUGCUUUGGUGGCAGCAGAUGUCAUCCCUGCUAAAUCUGCUGGCAUCAUCUUUGGGCAAGAGCAUCUAAUUUUCCAUUUUUCACCUUGCUCUCUCUCCUUCCUUUGCUUUCCAUAUCUCCCCAGGCCAGCCUAGAUGGAGCUGGUGGCCUCCCUCCCUCUGCAGGCCAGGCAUCUUUAUGGCUGUUUUUAGUGCUCCAUCUGAGCCACUUCCUUUUCUUCUUUUGACUCAUUAAAUUUG